UCUGCAUUUGCAUUUUUUUUAGAAUACACAGAUGAUAAUGCUCUGAUUCCCAAGAAUUCAUCUGUAAUUGUUAGAAGAAUCCCUAUUGGUGGAGUAAAAGCUACAAGCAAAACAUAUGUUAUGAAUCCUAAAUCGCACAAAAUGGUAGAAACUCCUUUCAGAAGUCGAACUGAACCAGUGAGUGGAACAUCAAAAGCAAUUGAUGACUCUUCUGCAUCUAUUUCUCUGGCCCAGCUUACGAAGACUGCCAAUCUGGCUGAAGCCAAUGCUUCCGAAGAAGAUAAAAUAAAAGCUAUGAUGUCACAGUCUGGCCAUGAAUAUGAUCCGAUCAAUUAUAUGAAGAAACCGUUGGGUCCACCUCCACCAUCAUACACUUGCUUUCGUUGUGGAAAACCUGGUCACUAUAUAAAGAACUGCCCAACAAAUGGGGACAAAAAUUUUGAGUCAGUACCUAGGAUUAAAAAGAGCACAGGAAUUCCCAGGAGUUUCAUGAUGGAGGUGAAAGAUCCCAAUACAAAGGGUGCUAUGCUGACAAACACUGGAAAAUAUGCUAUACCAACUAUUGAUGCGGAAGCUUAUGCUAUAGGAAAGAAGGAAAAGCCUCCUUUCUUGCCAGAAGAGCCAUCCUCCUCCUCAGAAGAGGAUGAUCCUAUUCCAGAUGAGUUGUUAUGUCUGAUUUGUAAAGAUAUAAUGACAGAUGCAGUUGUUAUUCCCUGCUGUGGAAACAGUUACUGUGAUGAAUGUAUCAGAACGGCAUUAUUGGAAUCUGAGGAACAUACAUGCCCAACAUGUCAUCAAACAGAUGUGUCUCCAGAUGCUUUAAUUGCCAACAAGUUCUUACGUCAGGCUGUGAACAACUUCAAAAAUGAAACCGGCUACACAAAAAGGCUCCGUAAGAUUCAGCAGCAACAGCAGCAGCCACCACCACCACCUCCACCUCCACCACCACUAAUGAGACAAACAAUAACACGCAACCUGCAGCCCCUAAUGAGGCCAGCAAUUUCCAGACAGCAGGAUCCACUAAUGAUUCCAUUAGCUUCUCUAUCUUCUCACUCUGCUGCUGCCUUGGCCCCCGGUCAGUCUGUUGCAGCUGCACUACCAGUAAAUCCAUCUUCUGUCCUCGUCUCUGAUCUCCCUCCAGCAGUGUCUCUGUCUCUCCGUGGUGAAAAGCCAGAUGGACCUUUUCGUGAUCCAGAUAUUAUACCUCCUGCUGCUCUGGUGACUGCUGCUGAGCUUUCUAAAUCUUCCUCUUUGGCAAUCAGCAGUUUGUUGGAAGAGAAGUUUGCGUUUAUUCACAAGGGCUAUCAGGUUCCUGUACUAAGGCAACCAGCAAUACCUAGUCUUCUGGGCCCACAGGGACAAUCAAUUCCCACAACUGGUCAUCCAAUGAGAAUUGGUGCAAUUCGCUCAGCUGGUGGCAGGCCAGGUUGGGAACUAAGUUCAAAUCGAGGACGCCCGCAUAGUGAACGUUCCCAAAGGACUCAGGCCCCAACACUACCAGCAUCAGCACCAGUCUUUGUGCCUGUGCCUCCACCUCCCUUGUAUCCUCCACCUCCCCAUGCACUUCCUCUUCCACCGGGGGUACCGCCACCACAGUUUCCUCCUCAAUUUCCACCUGGUCAGCCUCCAUCAGCUGGGUACCCUGUUCCCCCUCCAGGAUAUCCCCCAGCUCCUGCAAACAUGUCAUCAGCUUGGGUACCAACAGCAGUACCAACGGCUCAUUCAAAUACCAUCCCAACGACACAAGCACCUCCUUUAUCUAGGGAGGAGUUUUACAGAGAACAACGGAGACUUAAAGAGGAGGAAAAGAAAAAGUCCAAACUUGAUGAGUUUACAAAUGAUUUUGCUAAGGAAUUGAUGGAAUAUAAAAAGAUUCAAAAGGAGCGUAGGCGUUCGUUUUCCAGGUCCAAGUCUCCCUAUAGUGCUUCGUCUUACUCGAGGAGUUCCUAUACCUACUCCAAGUCGAGGUCGGGCUCUUCGCGCUCCCGUUCCUACUCUCGGUCGUUUAGUCGUUCCCAUUCUCGUUCCUACUCACGUUCACCUCCAUAUCCAAGAAGAGGCAAAGGGAAGAGUCGUAACUAUCGUUCUAGGUCAAGGUCACAUGGUUAUCACCGUUCAAGGUCAAGGUCACCCCCGUACAGAAGAUACCAUUCCCGGUCCAGGUCUCCAGUGUUUAGAGGCCAGUCUCCCACUAAACGGACUAUACCUCAAGGGGAAGGAGAAAGGGAGUAUUUUAACAGAUACAGAGAAGUUCCACCAUAUGAUAUGAAAGCUUACUAUGGCAGAUCUAUUGACUUUAGAGAUCCGUUUGAAAAGGAAAGAUACAGAGAAUGGGAAAGGAACUACAGAGAAUGGUAUGAAAAGUUUUACAAGGACUAUGCUGUUGGUGCCCAACCUCGACCUCCAGUAAACAGAGAGAACUUUUCUCCAGAUAGAUUUGGUCCACCUGGAACCAGAAGAGAAAAUUCGCCGUAUGCUCGGGGACGUAGGGAGGAUUAUGCUGGUGGGCAGAGCCAUAGAAAUCGUAACAUAGCCGGAAAUUUCCCUGAAAAGCUUUCAGGAAGAGAGGGCCAUGGUAUAAAAGAUCCUGCAAAAUCAAAAGAGAAGGAGGUGGAAAAUCCCCUGGGAGAUGGCAAAGGAAAUAAACAUAAAAAACACAGGAAGAGGAGAAAAGGGGAUGAGAAUGAAGGAUUUCCCAAUGCUGAGUUGUUAGAAAGUACGAAAAAAACAAGGGAACCAGGUACAGCGGAGGACAUUAAAUCAGACUCUCUGUUCAUGCUCCCGAGUAGAGAUGAUGCCACCCCUGUGAGAGAUGAACCUAUGGAAGCAGAUUCUAUAGCUUUCAAACCAGUGUCUGAAAAAGAGAAAAAAGACAAGGAUAAGCCAAAAGCAAAAACUGAUAAGACAAAACGGAAAGCAGAAGUGGCUGCUCCUCCGAAGAAAGACAAUGUAACAAAACCAGCUAAAGCUUCCCAAGAGAAGGUGGACACCGAUCGUGAAAAAUCUCCUCGAAUGGAACCUCUUGUGAAAAAGGCAAAGGAGGAGCUGCCGAAGACAGACAGUGUUAAAGCAUCUUCCUCUCAAAAGGAUGAGAAGGCUCUCGGUACACCACGGAAAGUUCAUCCAAAAGUGGCAAAAGAUCACCCAGAAGCCAGGCCAGCCAAGGAAGAAAAGGCAAAGAAGGACCAUCCAAAAGAAUUGAAGUCAGAAAAGCCCUCCAGCAAAGAGGACAAGUCAAAAAAAGCAGUUGAAAAAAGCAAAUCUUCUGAUGCAAAAACUGAAAAAAGAAAAAGAAAAGCAGAUGAAAAGGCUGAUAAAGAACACGAAGCAACUUCUGUAAAGGCCUCUAAACCAGAAACUGCUGAAUCAAAAACAUCGCCAAAAGGGAAAACUGAACCUGAUGGUGAGAAAGGAGAGAGAACUCCAGAAAAAGAUAAAUCUGGUUUUCUUAUCACUCCUGCAAAAAAGAUUAAACUUAACCGAGAAACUGGCAAAAAGAUUGUGAGUGGAGAAAAUGUGCCACCCGUGAAAGAACCUGUUGAGAAAGUUGAGCCAAGCAGCAGCAAAGUUAAACAAGAAAAAGUGAAAGGAAAAGUGAGAAGAAAAGUAACAGCAGCUGAUGGAUCUAGUUCAACUCUUGUAGAUUAUACCAGCACCAGUUCUACUGGAGGAAGCCCUGUUAGAAAGCCUGAAGAAAAGACAGAUACAAAGCGGACUGUCAUUAAGACAAUGGAGGAAUAUAAUAAUGAUAUAACUGCUCCUGCUGAAGACGUCAUUAUUAUGAUCCAGGUCCCUCAGUCGAAGUGGGAUAAAGAUGACUUUGAGUCUGAAGAGGAAGACAUUAAAUCUACCCAGCCAUCUUCAAACAUAGGAAAACCUGCGAGCGUUGUAAAAAAUGUGAGUGCUAAGCCACCAAAUCCCAUAAAACACAAUGAGAAAGAAAUGGAGCCUUUGGAGAAAAUACAGAAAACUACAAAAGAGGUGAGUUAUGAAAGCUCUCAGCAUGAUGUAAAAGGUUCAAAAAGUUUAGUGUUGAAUGAAAAAGGGAAAACCAAAGAGCGGGAUCAUUCUCUGUCAGACAAGGACUCUUCUGAAAAGAGGAAGAGCAGUGUUCAGCCAGAAAAAGACCACUCAGAGCGUGCAACUGAACAAGGAAAUGGAAAAAAUAUUUCUCAAUCUUCCAAAGACAGCAGAUCUUCAGAGAAACACGAUGCUGGCCGUGGAUCCACUGCUAAGGAUUUUACUCCUAAUCGAGACAAAAAAUCUGACCAUGAUGGCAACAGAGAGCAUUCUAGUUCCAAGCGUAGAGAUGAAAAAAGUGAAUUAGCAAGGAGAAAAGAUUCUCCUUCACGAAACAGAGAAUCUACAUCAGGACAAAAAAGUAAACCAAGAGAUGAACGAGCAGAGCCCUCCAAAAAGGGGGCCGGAGAUUCCAAAAGAAGCAGCUACAGCCCUUCACGUGACCGAAAGCAAUCAGAUCACAAAACUGCUCAUGAUUCCAAGCGUUCAUUAGAGGAACACAAACCUCUAGAUAAAAAUUCAAGUAAGGAGAAGGAAAAAGAAAAGGAGAGGGAAAAGGAGAAGGAAAAAGAAAAAGAGAAGGAAAAGGAGAAGGACAAAGAAAAGGAAAAGGAGAGGGAGAAGGAAAAGGAAAGGGAAGCUCUCUAG